GAGAGGGCUCGGACAUGGGGAGAAUCAGCACUGGCCCGUCUGAUAGAGAUCGGUAAAUUUUUUUAUUAAAAAAAAACCCGAGAGGCCUUACAAAACCAAAGGAAAUACCCACCCCGGCACAAAACAUUAAAUAGAUCAAUGGACUGAAUGAAGACUGCCUAUAACGCCUAUCGAUGCCUGGCCAAGGAUCUGGAUGCUUACGCCAUGAACCCAGAGAUGACAAUGGACAGCAUUGGCAAUCUGCAUGGCGGAGUAAGCCAUGACCAGGAUUUGAUGAACAGUCAUAGCCCCCAUCACAAUCGGAACACAGGGGCUUCUUUGCGGAUACAUCAGGAUUUGGCUGCGGCAUCGUCGCGUUCCGCGAUGGUGUCCAGCAUGGCAACGAUUCUGGAUGGAGCCGGGGAGUACCGACCAGAAUUGUCUCUCCCGCUCCAUCACGCAAUGAGCAUGCCGUGCGAUACAUCCCCACCCGGGAUGGGCAUGAGCGGCACAUACACCACUUUAACUCCACUUCAACCCUUACCCCCCAUCUCAACGGUUUCGGACAAAUUUCACCAUCCGCACCACCAUCACCACCAUCACCACCACCAACGUCUCUCUGGGAACGUAAGCGGGAGUUUUACGCUGAUGCGGGACGAAAGAGGGUUACCAGCAAUGAACAACCUCUACAAUCCCUAUCAUAAGGACAUGACCGGGAUGGGUCAAAGUUUAUCCCCCCUGGCCAGCAGCCCCCUUGGCAAUGGUUUGGGCUCCAUUCAUAACACCCAGCAGAGCCUCCACAACUAUGGCACACAUGGGCAUGACAAGAUGCUUAGUUCCAACUUUGAUGCCCACACUGCCAUGCUGGCCAGAGGGGAUCAACACCUCUCUCGAGGCCUCGGUGGCCCCACGGCAGGUAUGAUGCCACAUUUAAACGGGAUGCACCACACUGGACACCCGGGCCACCCUCAAUCCCACGGGCCUGUGUUGGCUUCCAACCGAGAAAGACCGCCCUCCUCCUCUGGAACACAAGGUAACAACUCGGGGCAGCUUGAAGAGAUCAACACCAAAGAAGUGGCACAAAGAAUCACGGCUGAAUUGAAGCGGUAUAGCAUCCCACAGGCUAUAUUCGCUCAGAGGGUGCUGUGUCGUUCGCAAGGUACCCUUUCUGACCUAUUAAGGAACCCCAAACCUUGGAGUAAACUUAAAUCUGGACGGGAGACCUUUAGGAGGAUGUGGAAAUGGCUGCAGGAACCCGAGUUUCAGAGGAUGUCGGCCCUACGGCUUGCAGCGUGCAAAAGAAAAGAACAAGACCCAAGCAAGGAAAGGAGCAAUACACCAAAGAAAUCCCGCCUGGUUUUUACUGACCUGCAGCGUCGCACCCUGCUGGCCAUCUUCAAGGAGAACAAGCGUCCGUCCAAGGAGAUGCAGCUGACCAUCUCCCAGCAGCUGGGACUGGAACUCACCACUGUUAGCAAUUUCUUCAUGAACGCCCGCAGGCGCAGCCUGGACAAAUGGAUGGAUGAGGGAAGUCCCGGAGGGGGCUCCUCAUCCUCCAGCACUUGUACCAAAGCGUGA